AUGGCCAGCACGCAAUACACCCAGCGAGUGUCUUUCAUAGACCCGUAUCCCACAAAUAUUGAUCCUUCCGAUCCGGCACACUUCCCCCCGCAAUUCAGAGGCUUCGAGGACUACCAUCCCAAAGCCCAGCCCGCUAAACCCAAGCAUACAUUUAAGGACCUGGAAUCAGAUCUCGGGUAUGGGGGUGGGUCAAUCAACAACAUUGCACAGCACUAUUCGACGUCGUCGCAUCCUAUUGGUCAUAGGCGUUCCAGCAUAGCCGGGAUUACCCCGAGAAGGCUUCCUGAAGCCCCUGCAAAGUCCAUUUUGAAAAAAGAGAGACCCUUUGAGAGUGGUCGCUCCCUUUCUGAUGGAUCUGUUCUCCUGUCUAACACGUUCGGGGUCGCUUCUUUUGGCUCCAAGUUCGACACUGGUAGAAAGAAGUCCAUAGUCGAGAUGACGGACGCUGAGCUGCUUGCUAUGGACGCCCAGUUCUCCAAAACGUCGUUGAACGUUGAAGAUUUCAACUUUGAGAACCAACCGAGUUACUUUGGAGGCUACUCGUCAAACAAAAAGGGCAGUAACACGAAUUGGAAGAAUAAGUUUGAUGCUGUCCUGAGAGGCUAUCCCACAAGGCCUACCAUAUCGCAUGGAUCGUGUUGCAUAACAGUGAAGCACAGAGAUUUCCCAGUUCUGGUAUCGAACCCUGAAGUAGAGGUCCACCAGAGAAGACCCAGUUUAUCCAAGAGUUCUGAUCAGGCUGCUUAUCUCAAGAAGCUGGGCAGACUGGAGACUUUGGAUUUCUACAACCGAACUCUGUUGAUUCUGAUAUCUGGUCGGAAGCACACUUGGAACUCAAUUGACUACACGCUUUCGAAUUUGGUGAAAGAUGGUGACCGUGUUGUUAUUGGCUCUUAUGCAAAUAUUCAGGAGGUUGAAGGCGCCCAUCCUCAAGUAUCUGCUGCCUACAACGAACCUAACGAUGGUAACGAGAAGGACGAUUUUUACGAACGUUCCCACAACUAUAGCAUUACCUAUGAUGAAAUUCACAAGUCUGCACAGAAUAUCAUGAACUAUGCUUUGGAAUACAUUGAUUCCAAGGACUUGAAGGAGAGACUUGUCAUCACUGUUGAUCUCAUAAAUUGCACAUCUUCCAAAGAUGUGUUCAAGGAUUGCUUCAAGCUCUACGAUCCCCAGCUGGUUAUUUGUGGUAUCAAGAACAACAAGCCCGAGGUAGGUGAUUCUCUUCUUUGGUACAAGAAAAAGGUCAAGACAGUUGCUCUUCCAUACUUUCUGAUAGACAGGUGUCCCACGCCAGUGCUUUUGGUUGAUGGCUACCAUACCCGACUCAGCCUGCCAAAAAGUAGUCAACCUGGUGUUACUGAUAACGUAUUCAAGGCCAGUUUCAUCCACUCAGACAAAAUCCCUAGCUUCAAAAUUGUGUCUGCUGAUGACGAUGAAAAUGACUCAAUCAAUUCGCUGGACGACGGGGUUUUCCAGGUGGACGAGGAAUACGACAUAUCGUCCAUUGACUCGGCUGAAGACACUCCCGAGUUAAUUUCUUCCAAGACACGGACCACCUCUUCGAGUAUCUCCACCUUGAAAUCGCCGUUUGCAUUAAGACUCAUUUUGAAAUCUGACGAACUGGUGCACGAGCCGGAAGACGAAUUGAGAAGAAAGACCUCGUCGUUGAUCCAAUCGCCUCAUCUGGAGACCUAUUACUCGGCAACGGGAUCGAUGCCCAAGGUUUCUUUCAGUAACAAAAUUCAGAAGGUCAAAUCGCUACUGCCACCAAUUGCAGAUGUGGUCAGUACCUCGCAAUCUGCUGCGAUGAUACCGCCAACAUACAGCAAGAACGAGAUUGACCAGUUGAUGAAGUCCAAAUCUGGCAGCUCGGCUCACACCAGGGAUUCGGCUGGUUCAGUGAACGGAACCAGGAAGAGGAAUAGUUUGUCGAGGUCUAAAAGCAACAAUGAUACGCCAAAGAAAGAAGAGUCUGGAGGUGGAAUCUUGAAGAGAUUUUUUGGUAAGAAAAAGUGA